AUGAUCGCUUGCGAAACUCCAGUUACUACAGGUCAACGUGAGUCGGAAACAGCACUUUGGGAAUGCUUGAACUCGGAUCAGAUCCUAGACGAGCCAGAUGCAUUAUUAGACUUGAUAGGAGUCCUGAAUCCACAAGGUUGCGAGAUCCACGCAAUUGCCAGAGGACCAACGCCCCCGGGGUCUAGUUGCACAUAUACCACCGACUAUGAUUUCCAGGUCAAGGAGCAGGUCUUGGAUGAGGGCAAUAUUCACCAGUGGCUCGAGAACAACGCCAUAGAGACUCAGGUGGAAUCUACUCUCAAGCUGAAAGUACUGCUUGUAGACCAAGUUGUGUUCCAUGAUCGACUGAGACCUCCAGCUGAGGCUGAAGCUGUCAGAUUUUCGCGGAAGGUCUUAUGCUCCGGCACAGGAUGCUCACCAGCAGCGUUAGAAAGAGUCUGUCGAAACGAAUCAUCGAUCUGGGAGUUCCCUCGCGACCGGCGAAAUGGUACUCGUAUAGAUUGCAGGGGUUUUGGAGAGCCCAAUGUUGGAGUGGUGUGGAUGAACAAAGCAGGCUGCGAUACUGUCUGGGCGCUCAUUCGCUUCCACACCGCCAGAGCACCAAUGCGAGCGAGCAUAACUCGAGAGCUUCAUAACCUUCGGGGCUUCUCAGAUCUCCCUGGAUUUCUAGCCUUCAUUAUACUCAAUGCAGCAACUCAAAAUCUGCAGAUGAUGAUGGAUUUCUCUAUGACAUCGAUCGACCGAUCGGGCUUGAAGCUCACAAGAUUUCCCGACUCAGAAACUGCAGCUGAGGUUUAUGGAAGCUUGAUAGCGUCAGGAAGGAAUCUUGCCAUCCGGCAGAACGCCACGAAAAUGAAGCUAAAAAUGGUAAAACAAUGUCGGCAGAUGCCAGCACCAGCCAAUGCCAGGCACGACUUGAGGCUGAGGAAUACAUUUUCGAGCCUGAAACGGGCAUUCAGGUACCUAGAACAAGUACUGGAAAGUAUUUCCGGGACUGGGGAGGAAUACCAAGGCCAUACUGGUCGACAACUAGAAUGCGUUUUAAGCAUUAUGGCCCAGCGACAACAAGAACUAAGCAUCGAUAUCGCACGAGGACAGUCCAAGCUAGCUGAAGCGAGCCGAAGAGAGCAAGUCCUCAGCAUCGAGAUUGCGAGGGCCUCCCACUCCAUCGCAAAGCAGACCAAAAAAGAUGGUGCGUCGAUGAAGACGCUGGCAGUGGUGACCCUGGUUUACCUACCGUGCACCACGGUAUCAUCAGUGCUGGCUAUGCCACUCUUCGAUUGGAAUGCCGAGGGCCGAAGUAUUGUAAACAGUCGCAUAUGGGUAUUUUUUGUUUUUGCGGUGCCUUUGACGGUUUUGACCCUUGGAAUUUGGCGGGUAUGGUUAAGCUACCGAGCACGCGAGGAAGAUAAAGCUCUGGAAUCAGAAGCUGAGGAUAUUGAAGUCCAGUCGUCGUCAUCGUCAUAA